AUGAAUUAUUCACUUUGCGAUGAUGAGUAUUUGCAUGAUAUUGGAGGACACAGGGGCAUAUACGUCGGAGACAAGACGACAGAGGACAAAAAAGUAACAGAGGCCAAGAGCAAGACAAAGAUGAUCAUGCCGCGGCACCGUUUCCAGGAGAGUUGGCUUCCCAAUGCCCUCUUCAAGACUUGGCUGGCAAGAGUGCCAGACGACACCACCAGGGCAUACUGCCAGGUAUGCCAUAAGCACUUGAUGGCCGAUAUCACCGGCCUCAAGUACCAUAGGACGUCGAGGCAGCAUGUGUCCCUGGAGGAGAGGCAGCGGGCAACCAGCCGCAGGCAAGAGAGUGCCACCCCCGAGGAGCGCCCUGGCGCGGCUGAAGAGCAAAGGGGUUUUCCUAGUGCUGUACAGCAUGCAACGCUGCUCUUCAUUUUGUUUUUAGCGGAGCACAACUUGCCUCUUUGCGAUGACCUCCUGGAGCUGAACCGGAAAAUGUUCCCUGAUUCUACCAUCGGAGCCCAGAUGGCCCUCAAAAGAAAAAAAUGUUCGCAGCAAACAAAAAUUUUAGGAGAAUUCCUUGCCAAGCAAUUGGCAAGAAAGUUACAUUACAAAUUUAGCCUGAUCAUAGAUGAGACGACCGACUGCACAGCUGAUAAAGCAUGUGCCUUAGUUGUCAAGUAUUCCAACAAAGAGACCAAUACAAUUAAGACGUCCAUGCUAGACAUCAUCAGCUUGUAUGAUGAGAAUGAUGGAUCGUCAGGGGUGUCUUUAUUUAACCUCAUUACAAAAACCCUGAAUACCUACCAGAUCCCUUUCACGAAUAUGGUCGGCUUUGGUGCUGAUGGGGCAUCAAAUAUCAUGGGUGCUGUAAAUUCUGUGAGCAGUAGACUAAAAGCGCACAUGCCUGGCAUCACCAUCGUUAAGUGUGCGGCUCACAGCAUACACUUGUGUAGCAGCGAAGCAGCGAAAACGCUUCCAAGGACCUGUGAAGAACUGGUCCGAAAUGUUUACACCUUUUUCUGCCAUAGCGCAAAAAGGAAAUAUGAAUUUAAAGAAUAUCAGGUAUUUUGUGGGGUCAAGCCUCACAAAAUAUUGCAUCCAUGUGCAACAAGGUGGCUUUCCUUAGCACAAGCUGUAGAACGAUUACUAGAACAGUGGCAGCCACUAAAGCUCUAUUUUAAUGGUAUCAGACUUGUUGAAAAAUUGUCAUCAAUUGACAGAAUUUGUGAGGCCAUGGAUAAUGAAGCCGUUUAUUGCUACCUAAAAAUUUUGAAUUAUAUGUUGCCACAUCUGAACAGAGUGACUUUGGUGUUUCAGGCCAAAGGACCUACACUACACUUGGCCCAUGACAUUCUUACAAAUUCAUAUCUAAAGUUGUUGAAUUAUUUCUGCCAGCCAACAGCACUACAGAAAAUGAAACUAAAUGAAAUAGACCCUGCAGACCAAACAAUUCAUCUACCAAUAAAUCAAAUUUACCUAGGGGAGGAUGUACACAGCCUCUUUCAAGCACCAAACUAUGAAAACCACAAGUUGGUUAUGGAAAUUAAAACCACCUGA